UGACUCCUGGAGUUGCUUCGUUGUGAUUGUGAGACGGAAGCAGUGGUGUUUACGGAAGAGAAAUGGAUUUAAUCAUGAUUUUGUAAAGUAUAUGCAUGAUACGCGUCUUUAAAUAACCCGAAAGCCUGGGGUUGUAGCUGCGUGGCUAACUUUAAAAUGUUAACAUUUAAAAGAUACACCUCAUUACAUUUGCAUGUGACAUAACGUUGUUAUGAGGUAUGUUCUCCGGGUCUUUUUACGCGUUAUUAGCUGGCUUUCUGAGCGCCGUCGCCUCGUUGUCUGCCAAACUAUCUCUCGGUGCAGAUUAUCUGAGAGAAAUGUGCGAGUUAACGGUGGACAGCUGGACUGAAACCAACAGAGGAAGGACCGACUGUGAGUGGCUCCACAUCCCCCUGCGGCUGCUGUGUGGAGCGCUGCUGUUCACCUGCAAUGCUGUCAUGUGGACCUUCUUCUCUAAGGCUCUCCGUCACUGCUCCUCCUCAGCCAGAGCUACAGUCACGACCACCGCUGCUAACUUCAUCUCCUCGGCUGCACUGGGGAGGGUGAUUUUUGGAGAGACCCAUGCGACUUUAUGGUGGCUGGGCAUCAGUCUCACUCUGUGUGGACUGCUGACACUUCAUGGAUCCACAACUCAGACCCACCCACAGGUGGAGGACAAAAAGGACAAGUGACUUAAGGAAUUAGUCUUGUGUGUGUGUCUGUGUGAACAUGUAUGAAUGUCUUUGAUAAGACCAAAAAUGUAUAAACCACAUAAAGUGAGGACAUUAAGGGCUUUUUCAGAGUUAAGACUUGGUUUGUGGGCUUCAGUGAGGUGCAGGUUCACAAGUUAAUGUUAAUGUUAAAAUCAUGUUCUAUUCACUUGCUAAGUUUUCCUACAAUGAAAUUACAUAAAAGUCUGUUUGUA